AUGAGUCAUGAUCUAACAAAUGAGAACACAAGUAAUGGAGGGACUAUCAAUUAUAAUGACGAGAUUUCAACUAUUGGAACAGCCAAUGAAACAAAUAAAAUUGGUAUGUACAUUUGUUCGAAAAAUGGUGUUAAAAAUGUAGAUUUUACAAUCGAUACAGAUGAGUUGAAGAAUGAUUAUUUUUUAGACUCUGAGAAGUCAAUUAAUAUGAUAAGAUGGGCAGAGUUAAAUAAUAUCUAUACAACAGUAGGAGCUUACGGAGGAGUUUCAUGUAUUAUGUUGACCAAAUUAUAUUAUGUUAUUGGAACAAAUAAGGGUUCUGUACUAAUUUUUAAUACUAAUCAAUUUCUUCAAGCGAUAUUAAUACCUAAAUUAUCCAAUGAUUUUUCAGAAGGAUAUUUGAAAUCUCCUGUGAAGAAUUUGACCACAUCUAGUGAUGGAACUCAUUUAUGUGCAUCUUUAAAGACAAAUGAUAUAUUAAUUUGGGAUCUUAAUUUAAAUACAAAUGAGAUGGGAAAUGAUAAUAAAAGUAUUUCAGUGCCCCUUACAGCUAUUUUGCAUAUUACAAACCAUAAAAAUUUUGAAAUUAAUGGAUUAGGGUUUCUUGGUGAAAGGCAUACAGCUAUAAUUGUAAGUGAUAACUCUGGUUCUCUCUAUUAUCAUAGUGGGUACAGAAAUCACUUAUGGAAUCUUAUGUACACAACUAAGAAAGUGCUGACGGUAAAAAAUGAGGAAAGGUUGUUAAAUUCAAAAGUCCCUAUAUUCAGUGACAAUUAUCUGCAGAAAUUACACUGGGUAGCCAUACUUACAACUAAAACAUUCAAAGUUAUAUCGACUCUUCCUCACCUCAAUAUCAUAUAUGUCGAAAACAUCAUUGAUUCCAUUGCCCCAACAUCGUAUAUGAACAAUUGCAUUUCUUGGAGCAAAAGAGGUUCAAAACUGGCAUUUUCGAUUGAGAAUAAAUUAGGAGUCUACUAUUUGUCCAACGAUCCCGUACAUGCUAGGAUAGAGAGUAAUUUUACUAUUACCCAAAAAUGCUUACAACACAUGGAUGAAUCUAUUCUUUCCUUAUAUUGGAUAACUGAAAAUUUAAUUGGCAUUUUAACAAUUUCUCAUCAGUUCAUAAUAUUAAGUUGUGAUGAAAAUAUAAAUUUGAUCUUAAAAUUAGACUUAUUGCCAUAUAAUAUACCGAUUCCUCCUAAUAAACAUUUUGGAAUUAUUGAUAAUCAUGUCUAUAUUUUUGGUAAGUAUUCUUUUAUGCGUGGGAAAUUCAUGACAUGGUCGGAUAUAAUUUUGAAUCCAGUUCAAAAAGGAGAUUAUAUUACAGCAUUGAAAUUCAUUGAAUACUUUUUGAAACCUACAUCAAAUCUUAAUGAGAUAAUUCAACUAAAAUCACUUCCUAUAGAAAGGUAUGAACAAUUUAAACGACCUUUCCAUAAUUUAUCAUUAGCAGCGAUGAGAUUUUUGUUGAAACAAAAGAAGGCAGACUAUGAUAAGAUCUACGAGCUUUUGGUUUUAAUCCUUAGAAAUUUAAAUAGAUUUCCUGAUUCUGAUACUAAACAAAUUCUCGAAAAUUCACUGAUAGAGAAAUCAUUUGAAUUGUUAAAUGGUGAUAAUCCAGAAAUAUUUUUUGAAGUUUUGGUUAAUGUCAUUUCUGAAGGAUAUAUUAAAAAAUUACCUCCAACUGUCUUUAAGGCUAUUUUAAGUCAUUAUGCAAAUUUGGAAAGGAUUGAGUUAAUGGAAAUAUUAAUUGUUACUCUUGAUCCACAGACAUUGGAUAUUGAUUUUGCGGUUAAACUUUGUAAAGAGCACCGACUAUAUAAUGUACUAAUAUAUCUCUGGAAUGUUGUAUUUGCAGAUUUUAUAACACCAUUUGUGUCCUUUAUAGCACAAAUUACAAAAACAAAAAUUGUAAACAAUCUGUUUGAAGGUAUGGGAGAGGCAAGCUUCAUUGGCGUUUAUGAUUUGCUAUCAUCAAUAUAUUGUAAUUCAAGCUCACCCAGCCUAGUUCAUGAAUUAGAACCAAAUAUCAUUUCUAAUGCCAAACUAAAGAUAAACUAUGUCUUUUUUAAUGGAACUUUAGUCACUUGGCCUUAUCAUUCCGGUAAUAAAUUUCAUACAUGUACAGAAGCAGAAGAAGAACCAGUUUAUCCUUAUUUUUCUGUGCUUCUUAAACAUAAUUCUCAAAACCUUUUAAAAAUAAUUGAUAAGAUGUUUGAAGAAGAUGCAUUGUUGAAUGAUGACAUUUUGAGGGAAGAUUCUAAGAAUCAUAAAAUGUGGGUUAAUCGUCAAUACAUAAUGGAUAUGCUUGUAGAUAUAUUGAAUACCGCAAGUUAUCAGGAAUAUUAUAGAUUUCUUGUAAUUUUUUUGGCUAAAAAUAUUACGAAAUAUCCUCAAUAUAUUAAAUUCUCUAAUAAUAUUCUACAAAAUAUAAUUGAUAAGAUUUUUACAAUAGAUGUGGAAAAAAAUGAUGAUCUGGAAUUAUCUUUAGAAUAUUUGCUGUUAGUAUAUGAGCCAACGAAGUUAGACGAUUUUGUUCAUGAAUUGGAAAUUAGACAAUUUUUUAAAGUUUUAUUUCGUUUAUAUCUGAAACUUAAUCGCUAUUCGAACUUAUUACGGUUAGUAUUCUCAACAGCCAAUCCAGAAGAGGAAUUUGAGAUUAAUAUCUCGAAUCUUUUAGGCCUAAUUUUCAACAACACAAAAUCUGAUCCUCUUGAAAAACCAAUCAUAACAAAUUUUAUCAUAGAACAUUUUGAAAAGAUUUUAAACGAGAGUGAUAUAGAUAAUAUAGUUAAGAUUAUUAAUAACUAUAACCCAGAAAUACAUCAAGCUAUUCUAACCAUAUCUUCUGAGGAUUAUCAGCUGCGAUACCUGGAAAAAUUAUUUAAUUUUAAGAGCACUGAUACUUUACCACUUUGCACCUUAAAGAAAAGAUAUGUUAAUUUAAGUUGCAAAUAUAAGAAAGGGGUGCAGCUUGAUUGUUGGCUAAAAUCGGUAGAUUUAACGAAUGUAGAUAUAUCUGCAAUUAUCAAAAAUUUGAAAAUUAAUAAUGAAUAUAAAUCCUUAGCCAUGAUCCACAAAUCUGUUGGUGAUAAUGAGGAGGCUAUUGACUAUACUGUGAUUGCCAUAAAUGCUUUAUUCGAAGAAAGUACUUUUGAAGAAAAGCAAUUACAUGAAUAUAUUGAAUUUGCUACCGGAACUGCAACAUUAGCUAAGAGAGGUCUAAAAGAAGCCUGUUGGUCUAAAAUUAUAACAUGUCUUUUUUCCAUUUAUACAAAGAAUUCAUUGACCGAAACUCAAAUGAUUGUAUGUGGAAAUAUCCUAAAGAACCUUUUUAUUAAACUAGCUCUUGGUCAAGAACCAAAUGGUGAGGAGCAUCUCGAGAGCUUUUGUUCUGUUUUAACUAACGUAUUAGAGAAUCAAGAUGUCCUGAUGAGUAAAAGCCAUGUCAUGAGAAAAUUAUUGCAAAAUGUGUUUACCGCAUUUUACCUAGAGGAGCAAUAUUCCUCUCUUAUUUUUAAGAUUUUGGAUGCAAAUGCUUCAGGGCUUCUGAUAACUUACGGAGAUAAAUUAAUCGAGGGCUGGUCCUGUGAUGUUAUUCAUUGUGAGGUUUGCGGCAAAAAUAUAUGGGGCAAUGGCAUAAGUGAUAUUAUAUACUACAUCUGGGAACAGAAAAGAAGAGAUAAUAAUGUAGAAAUUGGAAAGAAUUAUGAUGAUUUAAAUUUAGUUAUUUUCAGUUGUCAUCACGGAUUUCAUUCAAAGUGCCUUAAAAACUUAGGCCAGAACAACGAAAAAUAUUAUUGUCUCUCAUGCAAUGAUGACAACAAAAAAAUAGAUAGCUCAUUUCUAUAA